UACUGAAUCCUUGUUUCCCUCCCCCUUGUCUUUGCGUCUCGAUACUUACUGCUGGUGAAAGUAGAUGGCCCAAGAGCAGUCGCGUUCUUUGCACUAUUGAUUGCCUGCGGUCUUGGCUGUAACAAUAAUUUUCUUUCAGUUCUUUAAUGAUUCCUGUAGGACUUAGGUUGUUCUUUCCGGUAGUGAAUCCUAAUAUUGUAUAUAGCACUCCAUUGUCGAACCAAUUACUUAUGCUAUUUCAUAUCGCUUGUUUGUGCUAGUUCUCCUGCUUUCGUUGUCAGCAUGUAGUGUUGUAGCUUGGUACUAAUUAGUUUGACAUCACAACGUAUGAAACGAUCAUUGAUUAUCACGAUGAAGUGCACUCUAGUACCUACGCUGGGACAGCGGGCUUAGCUCCAGUACUACAGGUUGGGUAAUGUUUGUCCCGCGAGUGUACCUCCACUGUGUCUUUGUACAUGUAUGAUGCAAUAAAUUUCUAUGAUGUAUACGACAUUGGUAUAUUCCUUUUGAACGCUUGCUUCGCCUGAAGCUCUUGUAUUGUAUUUUGUACCGUCGGUAUUUUGGUAGUCCUAACUUCCUUGUAUCUAUAAGUUGUUUUUUUGGAUCUUACAUCGACAUUGUGUCUGUCUGGCUGGCUGAUACGCUUUACGUGAACCUGGUGAUGUGGUACCAGGCUGAUGUGUUGAAGGUCCUUGAAUAAGGAAGUUGGAAACUUUAACUCAACUUUUUCUGGAGUGUCUGUUUACGGUUGUGGUUAUCCAGGUGGAAAGCAUCCGGACAGGCAAACCACACACAACUCGCUGCUCUUGCAGUAAAAGAAAGCGUUUUAUUAGGUUGCAGCAAGGACCUUCUGUUUACCACACCAGGGCGGAAGUAUUACACGUCACUUCUCGUUGAUCCGCCACGUAUAGCGUGAGGCCGACCCGCGAGCCUUGGCACACUGCGCGAUUUCGUCGACAGAUCAGGAUAAGGCAUAUCAAAAAGGCAUUAGCGUAUCUAUCUAAGAACGGUCGAGCUGCAGAAAUGGGGUGCUGUACGUCCUCGAUGAUUCGGGCCAACGAGCCGGAAGACGGCCCGCGAACGAUCAACAGGCUGGAUUCGAAGUAUUUGCAUACUGGAGAAAAGUUAGAUACCACUUACAAACUGAAGGAUGGCCAGGAGAAAUCGAGGACGCCGAAGGCCCGGGACAAAAUCGUGCUCAGUACAGACAAAUCAGCGCUCGUCCAGGUACUAUUUGUUUCACGCUGCACACUCGCAUUGUGUUGAAUUAUAUCUCCGCAGAGCAUUUUUACUGCUUUCAGUUACGUAAGCUUCGAUCGUCUUUCUCUAAUCAGUCGAUACGAAGAUGAAUUUUUCAUAGAGUGCUGCGCUAAUCUCCUGCUCAUAAAACUGUUAGGUUUUGAAGAUGGGUGUUGCACUUGAGGAACACCUGAUGAAAAAUGGGAUCCGAGAUAAGCAAGUGCUUGUUUCCUGCGUGGACAUCUCCGCGAAGGAGUCUCAGGGCUCCAAGUAUUUCGAUUAUCGUUGGCGGCUUAACAAAUUUCGUUUCGUGCUGGAGUCUGACGUCUUAGCCUACAUAGCGAUCGUGACGGACCGCUGGCUGUUGAAGAAAGCGACGCAAAUCGAGUUGGCCCUAAUUUCGGAACAAAAAAUGUUGUGGCAAGCAAGCAACGUGAUGAAUACUGACGGCGCAACCUUUCCCGUGAGCAUCAUCUCCCUCCCUCUAGAUAACAAAGGCAUGGGUGGAGAAGAUGCGGGAGGGGAGGUACUUACUUCCUUGUAACGCAUCAAACAUGAGCAUCAUGAGAUAGGUUUUUUCAUAUUUGUAACAUGUUUAAGAACUUUGACUAGAAGAGGUCUGGUAAAUUAUAAUCGAUCAUUGGUGAUGCUGCGUGUGGUCGAUGUGGAAGCUUCCAUUGUUAUCGUGAGCUGUAACAAAAUCGAACGACUAAUCAUACUAUACUUCAUGUACAAGUGUUUAGUAGUUCAUCUAACUUAAUGUGCAUAAAAAAAUAGGUGUUCAAGCAGAAGAUCAUGGAACGAAGUGCCGGCUACAAUCAGAACUUGCUCGUUUUGUCUUCGAUCACGAACAAGUGGGUGCGCCAGGACAAGAGCAAGAGGGAGUUAGGCUUUGCCGGGCUGAACAAGUUUAAAGAUCCCCGAUUCGUAGUAGCUGGAAAGUACACCGUUAACGUGGAUCCCAUGAACCGCGGUUGCCGAACCGAUGAGAAGAAAAGCGAUGACCCUGAUAUGUUGGCCCGCGAGCUGUUCCACCACCUUAUUUUCACGACUUUUCGCCAAGUGCGGCUCAACAAGGUGUUCUCCGAACGCUUGAAGGACGAGUUGCCUGACCCACGGUCAGAAAGGGGAAAAGAUUACAGAUCCGAAGCGGUAAGAGGCUUGCUCAAAAAGGUCGACGUCGAUGAGGCGCACUCAGAGCCGGAAGAGGUGCCACUAGUGCCCUUGUGUAUGUUCUUUUGAUCUCGUCGUCCUUAUCAAGGACGAACAGAUGAUUGUUAUUGCGAACAAUAGGGAAAAGGAAGUCGAAUUUUGAAAAGUGUGCAUUUUGAUCAACAACUUGCUUCAACAUUCAUUUUCCUAAUCCUUUGUUAUAUAUUCCAGGUCUUGACAAGCCGCAGCCGCCCACAGAGCGGCCGGGCAGGUACGUCGCCGCAUAUUCAGGCUUCUCCAGGUAGCCCUGUGAUAGACGGCCGCUCGCCGCGUGUGGGACGAAAGUCAGAAGGGAGUCUGAAUCCAACGCCUCGUGUGCAGAAGGGGGACAGCGUAGCAACGUUUGUCGUAGACACCGCCUCUGACCCCGGAUCCAGGGGACCCGUGAUGCCAGAGGGAGAAGCCCAAAAAGGCGAUGGUGAAGCGAGCACAACAUCUGAGGACGUCGCUGUACCAGCGAACAUGCCGCACUUGUACUUGAAUUUCGCAGAAGCGAAGAAGCGCGGCCCCGGAAACA